CGCCAUUUGCGUGACGUAAGCCGCCUUCACGGACCUCCGACAUAUUCAGAACUAUCGAAAAACGGAUCAUCAACCGGUUACACGUGCAUCAAUGUAGGGUUUACGUUUAUUAAUGCACGUCGCACGUCAUUUAGACAAUAAAUUAACUAGAGCGCCACUCAGCAUUGCCAUGCUUUACUUUUUCUGCUCAGCAGGUCCGUGUUGCUUAAUUGUAACGCCAAUCAACGUUUGUGGAAAAAGCCCUAGCUUUUCAUUGUAUUACCGACGCACUGAAAGAGUAAGCGAGGGCUCCACACCUUUAUGUGACACACAGACGUUUAAAUCGCCUAAGUUAGUUCGAAGUUUUUCCGUGGGCCCUGAAGGCACCACAAUGUCCCCUGUGUUGUGUUCAACUUGGACCUUUGAAUCACAUGUUAGGGGAACUCCACUUUCGUAUAGCAAUACAUGAAAGCUCAAACUGGUUUCAAGGCUUACAGUGGUUAUACAACUGAUGCAUAUAAUUAGUAUAAAUUGUAGGCCUAUGUUUUUUCUUCUUUUUUUUAAUCAAUAAAAUUACUUCCAACAUUGAUGUUAGAAUGCCUUCGACAUUUGAGCAAUCCGAGUCGCAUCUAUUUCUGUCACAGCUGCUGGGUGAGAGUUGGGCUGCUCGCACAGCCGGUUGGUCGGGACAGCACUGUUGGCCUGAAAUGGCUGUUUGAAACCGACCGGCCUGCUGAAUUAUCGAGUAACUUGAAUCCUAAAUGGAUUGUAAGCCUUCCACAGUGCCUCAUGCUUGAGAUCAGAGGAGGCAGACUGGAUGUGAUCACAGAAGAAGCUGAGCACCAGGAGUCGACCAACAUGGCAGACGGAGGAGUGAGGGCGACCCGAGGGGUUUCCACCUUCCAGAGGUUUUCCAUUGAUACCGACGAGUCCCUCUGCUUUGAGCCCUGCGAGGACAGCCUUCCACCCCCCAUCGGGGAAGAAGAUGGACCUCAUUGUGAUGUGUUUCAAACUGAGAGUGACAUCAUAAUAAUCAGGAAUCAGCUGCAGGGCAAGGUCACUGAGAUGGAGAACUUUGCAAGUCAUCUGGAGGAAAUCUUUCUCACGGUGGAGGAGAAUUUUGGCCGCCAGGAGCAGCACUUGGAGCAACACUACAACGAUGUGCUGCAGACGUUGUCUCAGCGGUAUGACGACAGGGCGGCUGGGCUGGAGGAGGAGAAGAAGGGCAAGCUGGAGGCCCUGUACAAGCAGCUGCUGGCUUGUGGUCAGGCGAUGGACGCCUCCAAGGAGCUGAUCGAGACGGCCCAGGAGGUCUACCGCUGCCACGACAAGAGGCUUUUCCUCAAGGCAGUUAUGCCUACCAUCAGAAGAAUCGAGGAGUUUGCAGAGGAGCAGGUUGACCUCACGUUGGCUACAAGUCUCGAGUUUGACACCCCACUGGCUGACCUGUCUGAUGUCAAAACCAUGAUGGACUCCAUCAACAUUGUCCCAGCACCGUCUGCCCCAGUAAUCAACCCACAGACGCCCAACUCGGCCACCCAGACGUCCCUGCGCGUGUGCUGGAGCUUGUUCUCCGACGACACGGUGGAGUACUACGAGCUUUACUACAGACCAGUGCUGGAGGACACGCCAGCAGACGGCUCCUGCGCUCCACAGGUGAGCAAGGUGAAAGUGAAGGAAACCCACCGCACGGUGACAGACCUGCUGCCGAAUGCGCAGUAUGAACUCUGGGUGACGGCGACCAACACCACAGGCAUCAGCCCAGCGAGCGAGAAGACCUUAUACGUGACCGUGCCGUCGCCUCCAGCGAUCAAGCAGAGGGAGUGUACCAGCUGCCCCGAGGCUUCUCUGAUCCGCUGGGAGUCGGGGAACACCAACCCCGUGGACUCUUACACUGUGGAGCUCAGGGAGACGGGCCCUGACGCCUCGGAGAGCAUCGCUGAGUCUGUAGUAGCCGUGCCCACCUGUCAGUGUCUGAUCCAGCUGCAGACGGGACGCCGUUACCUCAUCUGUGUGAGAGCCGUCAACAUCGGCGGGCCCAGUGGCAGGAGUGAAGUUAUUGCUGUGGCCACCACAGGUACGCUCUUCUACCUCCUUGAGGACACUGCCCAUCCUUGCCUGUCCAUCUCUGAGGACGGCUUCACCAUAUUUUAUGAAGAAGAGGAGCUGCCAAUUAGCGCCAUGGCCUUAGAGGACAACAACAACGCUUUUACCAGGUGUGCCGCGGUCCUAGGGGAUCUGAUCCCAGUGAGAGGACGGCAUUACUGGGAGGUCGAGGUGGACGAUGGGACCGAGUUUAGGAUUGGAGUUGCGUCGGAGGACACUGAGAGGAACACGUAUCUCGGCGCCAACAACACCUCGUGGUGUAUGAGACACAUUCUCACUCCAUCCAGGCAUAAAUAUGAGUUUCUGCACAAUGGCUGGAGUCCUGACCUGAGGAUCACAGUGAACCCUGUGCGGAUAGGAGUGGCUUUGGACUACAAGAGGGGGACCCUGUCCUUUUUUAACGUGGCUCUGGAACAACACCUACACACCUUCCAAUGUCACUUCCAGAAUUAUGUCCAACCUUGCUUUGGCCUGGAUAACCCCGGCGCUCUGACGGUACACAACGGCAUCGAGGCACCCAAAUAUGCAUUCAUUUAAUGCCAGCUUCCAGAGCUGGGUUUAACAUGGAAUAAAACCUACAACUGAAGAA